UACAGGAAGAGAACAGAGCACACACACAGGGAUCAGCAGUGCAAGUGAAAGGACAGAGAGCAGACAUUACAUACACAGUACAGGAUGAUAGAUCACAGAAAGAGAGAUCAGCAGUGCAGGUGGAAGGACAGAGAGCCGACUUUACAUACACAGUACAGGAUGAUAGAUCACAGCCAGAGAGAGUAAACAGUGCAUACACAGUACAGGAUGAUAGGAUAUCACAGCGAGAGAGAUCAGCAGUGCAGGUGGAAGGAGAGAGAGCCAACAGUGCAUACACAGUGCAGGAGAACAGGAUAGCGGAGCUUCUUGCAUCACCUAUGGAGCCACCUGUCAUAAAGGAGCCCAGUGACAGCGACAUUUGCACAGAAAUACAACCUCAGGUGAAAGCCUCAUUGCGUAAACAAGUUGUGGUACUAGGGCUUGAUGGAUCUGGAAAAACAAGUGUCCUAAAUUCCUUAGCAGCUAAUAAAGGGAGAUUUGUCACAACACCUACAGCAGGUGUUAAUGCAAUGUGUGUCAACAAUGGAACCUCUAAAAUGGAGUAUUUGGAAAUUGGAGGAAGCGAACAUCUGCGUCCCUACUGGAAAAUGUACCUCUCUAGAGCAUUUGCUGUCAUUUUUGUUGUGGACUCUGCAGAUCACGAUCGCCUUCCACUUGCAAGAAUACACCUACAUCAACUGAUUCAGCAAGAUGCAGUUAUUCCAUUAAUAGUUCUUGCUAAUAAACAGGAUCUAAAGAAUGCAUACCACAUCACUGACAUUCAUGAGGCUCUUGGGUUGUCAGAUAUUUGUGAAAACAGGAAGCUCUUUUUAAUUGGGACUUACGCAGCAAAAGACGGGUCUGAGGUUUCUUCUGGAAUUCUAGAUACAAAGGAGUUUCUUGCACAGCUUCUUUCAGAAAGUUCUGCUAAAAUAUCUUAAUUGCACUUGCCAAAGCUUAGCUGAAGUAAUCCAAAGUACUUUGCAUUUUCACUGUGUAAACUAGAUCUAUCCUUUACUGAACAUACUGUCUUAGUAAUAUAUUUUUAAAGGU